UAUAGUGGCGCUUUCGCCUACCCCCGCGACGGGUGUCUGUUAGUCUCGCUGUUGAAGCUCGCGCUCGUGACGUAACCCGGGGCUUCCAUUCACCCCACGUGCUUUUCGACGAGCUCAAUUCGCUCCCUACUCAACUCGAAAGUUUUUUAUACCCUAUUUUAUUGGAUUAUAUCGCUCGAUUUUCCCCUGUUUUACCCGCGUGGUUGUUCUGCGGUUAGUGUGACUACCUCUCAGUAAGAGGUUUUUUUUACUCGACGAGUCUUCUCGAUUCUAAGUGCUGCUUUUGUAUUUUUGCAGUAAAUUCUGCGCGUACGGCCAAAACUUUACGGUUUUGGAUUUUUCGUCGAGUUCAGCAAGUUAAAAAUAUUCUCUAGUUAUGAACAUACAGUAACAGCACGAAAACAUUUGUUUGACUUUGUGACCUCAUUUAACGCAUCGAUCGCGCCAUAUUUUCUUCUAUCAGCAACCCGUCCUCUCUCAAACGUCAAUAUGUUUUUCGAAAACAGCAAAUCGUUGGUUAACUCUUUCGAACUUUGCCCGUCCGUUCGGAAAGUUUCACCGCUAAAAAAAUCUUAAUCUCGCAUGCGAAGAGACAAAAUUGAACUACUAACUUUCUAAAAUGUAGAUCUGUAAAUAUAUAUGAUCUGUGGUGCGUCAGUGGAAAAUGACAGUGCAACUAGUUUAAGUAUCGUUACCCUCUUUACGUCGGUGGCCAGAACGUUUAUCUAUGGCUUCGAGAAGUGUGUUCGUAUUGUGGUGAUACCAAGAGGACGCAAUGGAUUCGCACGCCACCCCUCAAGAAUCAAGAGAGAGUGCUAAGUCGAACGGGAUGUGCAGCUCUCCUCAGCAGCGGAGGCGGCGCAGCAGCUCCGACGAGGAGGUCGUCGGCAUGAGCGGAUUCAGCAAGGCGCUCCUCCGGCACCCCCCGCUCCUCCCCGCCAACCUCCUCAAGCGCCUCUCCAUCUCCGAGAGCUACAGCGUCGGCAAGGUCAAAGUUAUGUUGCGGGUAUAUCAGGAGGAGGAGGGCGCCCAAACAUCUGGAGACUCAGCCUGGUUCAACCUGGAUAAGAAGCGGAAGCAAGUCACCCUGUGCGACCCCAGCCUCGGCGACCACCCUACGCCCGAAGACAGACGCCUUGGAGUCGCCGCUCCCAAAAUGUUCGCUUUCGACGCCAUAUUUUCUCAUCAGGACCCGCAGGCGGAGAUAAGCUCAAGUGCCUUGGCGGACAUUGUUCAUGCCGUAAUUAAUGGUACUGACGGCUGUUUAUUUUGCUACGGCCAUCCGAAUUUAGGUCAAAGCGACACCAUGAUCGGGGACUGCAAGUCCUCAAGCGACUUGGGGAUCAUGCCAUGCGCCAUCUCCUGGCUCUACCGAAGCAUCGCUGAGCAGAAACAAAAAUCAGGUGCUAGAUUUUCCGUCCGCGUUUCGGCCAUUGCCAUCGGUUCCGCCAUCAAAGACCUUCUGGCAGGUCAAGCCAACGACGGGGAGCAGUGUCACUUGCGGGACUCGUUGCUGAGCGGCCAGGCGUUGAGCCAGUCGGAGCUGCGAGCGCCCACCCCCGAAAAGGCCGCCCAUUACCUGGAUUGCGCCCUCGCCGCCCGCCAGGACGCCCAUCUCCUCUUCACGCUCCACGUGUACCAGUACAGCGUUGCGUCUAAAGGCGGAGUAGCUGGUGGUCGAAGUCGUUUACAUCUUCUUGAUCUCGGAUGCCUGAACCGUUCUAAAGAGACCAGUUGCCUUUCUCUAUCAGGAAUCGGGAAUGUUCUAAUAGCCAUAUUCAACGGCCAAAAGCAUCUACCUCAUAGAGAACACAAACUGACGCAGGUUUUGCGAGAGUGUUUGAGCUCGCUGACAUGUCAGGCGGCUAUGAUAGCCCAUGUCUCACCGCUGCCGCAACAUUAUCCGGAAACAUUGUCCACCAUUCAAUUGGCUUCGAGAAUUCAUCGUAUGAGAAGAAGAAGACCUAAGUACGUGAACAACUUCUCAAUGGCAGCAAUGGACGAAGCAAGCCGUCUCUCAGGGAGCAGCGACGUGGACCCCUCCUCAAGCGAGCAGUCGGCCGACACCGUCAUCUACCUCGGGCACGCCGUCGACGAAACAGACGGGGAACAUCCUCCAGUCUACAUCCCGAGCCUAGCCUCGGGUGAUAACCGCCCUUGCCUUAGUCCACCCGACGCGCUCAAACCCAACCUCAACGGAGAAAGACAUAGUCCCAAACCCCCGCACCUGAGCGACAGGCAAAGUCCCAAACCCCCGUACCUCAGCGACAGGCAAAGUCCUAAACCUCCGCAUCUCACUGACAGACAUAGCCCCAAACCUAGCGAUAGACAUAGUCCCUCUGGCGAACGGUACAGCCUGAAAGAUCGUUCGGCUGUUUCGAGGUCGGUUCCCAACUCACCCCAGCGAGUGCCGUGCCAGAGGAUUCCCACGUGGCUGAGGAGUCCCCUGGCGGUGCGCUCCGAGCGGGCUAAAUCUUUCAGUGCCAAGUCGUCGCCGGUGAAGAAGAAGGAUGCGGUGAAGGUGCCGCCGUUGAGCGGGGAAGAGCGGUGGGUCGACGGGCCUCGGAUAUCUAAGUCCAAGGUGGUGGAGGCGCGGAAUCUGCAUCUAUUGACUAAAGGCGGUCGGGCGCUGAGCGGGCGGGAGAUGUGGGUGGACGGACCGCUGAAGCCGGGACUAGCGGCGGGCCUGGAGCCGCCCGGGAGUGCCGGGGUCCUGGCGCAGGGCUACGGGUUCAUGGACAGCCACAAGAAGUCCAUGAUCCGGCAGUGGGUCGAGAACCAGACGCAGCACAUCCAGUCGCGGGCCCACACCAAGGGCCCCUUCAAGGAACUCACCGUCUUCAAGACCUGCGAGGACGACGACGAUGACGGCCCCGACGACAUCCUCAACAUCGAGCGGGGUCAGAGAGGCCGGGCCUCGGGACAGGAAGACGAAGGGGAGGAGGUCCAGGCCCUCGUCCCGCAGGAAUCACCAGUCACCGUCUCAGACAGCAAAGUUGUCCAAAUUCCGCAACUGCAAGCGAACGUGGAGGAGGACGUUGACGGCGAGAAACCGGAGCCGAUACAAACUGACGUUGAGCCUGAAUUGACGGUGGAGCCCAUCGAUGACAUGGAAAUUGAAGUCGUUGACUGCACCGAGAUAGAGGAGUCAGUUCCGAUGCAAGAUUGUUGUUUGCAGGUAACAGAGGAGGACAUAGCUAAAUGUAUGGGUGAGGUAGAGAACCCACUACCGGAAGUAGACCAAGACGAACAUCCGCUCAGGAUCCUCAGCCAAGAAAAUCUCACCAUCAUAUCAUCAUUCACCGAUCCUCAAAUUAAUUCAAUGGACGUUGAUCGCCUGUUUCCACCAUCGGGACCAUUCCUUUACAAAAAUAUCGCUAAUAAUCCAAGACCUAUCAAACCUCUAAAUUCCAACGAGAAUAAAUUUGAGCAGCUAUCGAGGUUGCACGAACUCUACCGAAGUAAGAUGGGGCUCAUGCUGGAUUCGUCAAAGAAGCUCCUGAACGGUGGCGUGAUGCGAUGUCAGUCUAUGUCUUUGUCAGAAAAUCUUCACAACGAGGCGGACAAUCACAGCCUUAUCGAGACGGACUUCGACAACAGUAGCAUCGUCAGUGAGCCGGCCUACUUGCCUGGUGAUGCAAGUAAGACGGAGAGAAUAUGUGACAACUGCAGGGUCUCCUUAUGCGGAUUUCGGGAUGAAAAUGGUUUAUGGCCACCAACAAGGUUCCAAAGCUUCAGACCCCUUAGUCUUUCCUCGCUGCGACACCCAGACGGAGCUUCUAAUCCAAAUCUUCGUGCAGAAUUCGAGAAAAGAGAGGAAAAAGAAGAAAGGGAGCCAGCAGAAGGCGCGAAGGAAGUCGACGAUGAUGACGAAGAAGAAGAAAUGGCAGUGCCUCCUCCCCUCCCCAAUCUCCUGACGCUAAGUAGAGAAAGUUUCGAAUGUCUUCGACCGAAACACAUCUGUGAUAAUUUCAAUCGACACAUGAGCAAUUCUUGCUCUAAGGAACAGGUCCACGAUCCCGGAGGACCAGUGUUGCACUACUGUCGGGAAGAUGUGCAGAGACUGGAGCGAGGCUGGAACGAGGCCCGGAGGAGCGGGCGUCUCCGGGAGCUGAAACGGGAGCAGCGGCAGCUCAUGGCAGAGCUCGCCGCCGCCAAAUGCCGCAUCCUCUUCGCCAACCCCGCUUGGAGCAAGGAACUCAGUGGCAUCUAAUAUCCAGCUGAAGAAUCCAAGUUCUUUCACAUUCCAGGAUUUCAAAAGGAAUUCUAGACUUCUCCCAGGCUGAAAUCCCGGUCUGCCUGCCGUGUCUCAGCCGGCGUGACAUAUUUUUUAGCAAAUUAAUUAAUUUUUUGUUACAUGUUACACGUAAAACACCCACUUCCAUCACACAAAAAUCAUUUGACUGAUGGUAGAAUUGUUUAUUUUGGUACUUGUAAUAUUGUUCACUUGUGUCAUGUAAUUUGAUGUACUUACUUGGUAAUGUCAAAUAUGAACAAUUACUUUAUCAUAUCCUUAGCAGUAUCUGUAGUUCUUUUACUCUUUGUGUAUUUUUGAUAAAUUAAAAUACAUUGUUUUGACUAUUA